GAAAGCGCGAGAAUCACAACAAAUGCACACAAUUUUGAAUAAUUGUCGCCUUUUUUGGGUCGCGAGAAAACAAUUGCAAAAACGGUCCCAAGAAAUGCACAAAAUCUCUCCCAAAGCGUGCGUGAAAUCCAAGAAAGUCCACUUCGACUCCGCGCGCGUCGCCUUCCAGGUCGAGUACGACGUGCCGGACGACCAUUCGCUGCGCCAUAAGAUCCCGCUUUGGACCGAACACUGGAAGCGCUCCAAAUCCUCGCUUCUGCUCCACUUCUUGAGACAACUCUCGUGCCAACAGUGGGUCCGCGCCCUCAUCGCGCUCACGGCCCUAACGGCGCUCUCCAUCCAACUCUUCCACACUCUCGACGCCUACUCAAAGCGCGAGACUCUACUGCACGCCGACACGCGACCCCUUCUGUCGCACUUCGUGUCGCCCGCGGUGUCGCUCUGUCUCCCGAUUGUCGUCCCUUUCGUCCACAAGUGUGUCACCAAUAAUAACGACACCGACUGUCAGAACGUGCAGACAAUCCGUCGACUCUUCAACCAAUCGCUGUCUCCGUUCAGCCAUCGCUGCAAACACGUCAUUGACGGCGACUUCCGCUCUCUUCGCGCGUGUCCUCCGCCGCGGCAAUGGAUUCGCGAGAACCGCAAGUGUUUCACGUAUUUCGCGCAACACUCGCCUCCCUUUCCGCCCACUCUGCACCUCCUUCUGCAGUACUCGUCGCCACCCGACCCCCAGAGCCCGCCGCCCGACAUUCACGUGCAUUCGGCGCACACGACGCCCGACGUCGCGGACAGCGAGUGGACAGCCGUUCGUCAGAAUCGGAAACUCGAACUCAAAUACUUCGCGACACAAAUCCAUUUCCUCGACGACUGCGACGAAUACGACGACGAGAGGGCGCCUCCCAACCCCCUCUCGUCGUCCACCCAACCCCCGCCCCCCGCCUCCCGCGCCGACUGCCACGAGCGCUGUCUGUUGGCGGCGAUGCGCGAGCACUGCCCGACGACAGCGACUACAGGAGAGGCGACAGACGGUCGAGCGUCGCACUGUUUGUCGCGUUUGGCGACCGUUAGGGCGGAACUCCUCUCUUCGGACGACAAGUUUUGCACAAUUGGCGACCAAAACGAGUGCAACGGAAGAGCCUUUUUCGCGCGCCUUUCCAACAGAUGUCUCGCCGACUGUCCGCCCGAUUGUUUGCGACAAACGUUUCAUUUGACGACAAGAGAAGAGAUGACGUCAGACGCGACGGAAACCAACGUAACGGUGGUGAGGCGCCGGGUGCCCGACCUGCGGCUCGUGGAGGUGCGCCGAACCACGUGUCUCGAGCUGAUGGCACGAGUGGGCGGUUUGUGCGCCUUUUGGGCGGUUUUCGCGUGGAUUUUGUCGCGAUUUCUGGCUUUUAUGCAGAUUUUCGUCGAAUUAUUUGACAUUUAUUUACAAAAACUUUAG